GAAAAGCUGGCAGCAGUGGUAGGCGAAGAAGAGUGCAAGAUGGCGGCACACGAUCGAGUUGUACGUCUCCUAACGCUGCUCCAGAAUGCGGCGUGCAGGUGUCCUGCUCACUCCCACACAUUCCAUCAAGCUGUGACCUGCAACACCCGAAAAACAGACUACGCCUUCGAGAUGGCCAGUUCCAACAUCCGCUAUGGAUACGGAGUCAGCAGGGAAAUCGGCAUGGAUUUGCAGAACCUCGGAGCUCGAAAUGUAUGUGUGAUGACCGACAAGAACCUGUCCCGCCUCCCACCAGUCAAGGCGGUCCUUGAGUCUCUCAUUAAGAACGGCGUUGAAUACAAAAUCUAUGACGGCGUGCGUGUGGAGCCGACUGACAGCAGUUUUAAAGACGCCAUCUCGUUUGCCAAGAAUGAGGCAUUCGACGUGUUUGUGGCGGUGGGUGGCGGCUCUGUGAUUGACACGUGCAAGGCGGCCAAUCUGUACUCAUGCCACCCUGACGCAGACUUUCUGGACUUUGUCAACGCUCCCAUCGGCAAAGGGAAACCCAUCACAGGUGCUUUGAAGCCUCUCAUUGCAGUUCCUACGACAGCCGGCACUGGCAGCGAGACCACGGGUGUGGCCAUCUUUGACUACGAGCCUCUGAGGGCUAAAACUGGUAUCGCUAGCAGAGCCAUCAGACCCACUCUGGGGGUAGUGGAUCCCAAACACACACUGAGCAUGCCCAGUAGAGUUGCAGCCAACAGCGGCUUUGAUGUGCUCUGUCACGCACUGGAGUCGUACACCGCCCUGCCAUAUAACCAACGUGCCCCUUGUCCUUCCAACCCCAUCAACCGCCCUGCCUACCAGGGCAGCAAUCCCAUCAGUGACGUGUGGUCACGCCAUGCCCUCAACGUGGUCGCCAAGUACAUGAAACGUGCGGUACGGGAUCCUGAAGAUCUGGAAGCACGUUCCAGCAUGCACCUGGCAAGCGUGUUUGCUGGCAUCGGAUUCGGAAACGCUGGCGUCCAUCUUUGUCAUGGGAUGUCAUAUCCCAUCGCUGGGAAUGUGAAGACCCACAAAGCCAAGGGAUACAGUGUUGAGCACCCUCUUGUGCCUCACGGCCUCUCUGUGGUUCUGACGGCACCGGCUGUCUUCACCUUCACAGCUCCAAUGUGUCCUGAACGUCACCUGGAAGCUGCACACAUUCUUGGCACAGACAUCAGACAGGUGAAGAGGGCAGACGCCGGUGCCGUGCUGGCUGACACACUGCGCAACUUCCUCUUUGAGCUACAGGUGGAGGAUGGCCUGGCCGCUGUGGGCUACGAGAAAGAUGACAUCCCAGCGCUGGUCCAAGGAACCAUCCCCCAGGAGCGAGUGACCAGACUUUCUCCUCGAGAGCACAGUGAGGACGACUUGACCAGUCUCUUUGAGGCCUCCAUGAAGCUUUACUGACAUACUACUCCUGGAGUAGCUCUACUGGCUGCUACAGAUUAGCACUCAAUAGAGACCAAAAGACAAAAUGUGAUUUAGCAUCAACAGUGCAUGCUGUUACUAUGCAAAUGAGCUACCAACAACAAAUACAAAUGUUCUUUAAUUAGCAAAUAUUCAUACAUAACAAACAGCAUCAAAUGUUUUAUGUGCACUUUAAAACAGACACCAAGAAAUACGUUUAAAAUGAUCAAAGAUAGCCCUCAGUUUACAAUGUAGUUCAUGUUAUUAAAUGAUAUGCUGACUUAUAUUCCAGAAUUGUAAUUUUCCUCCAGAUUAUCAUUAAAAGAUAUUUCUUUGGAGUAAAUUAAAAUAUUCACCUCCAAGUUAAAAGUAUACAAGUUAAGAUGAUCACUUCCAAUCAAGAAAUUACUACUUACUACUACCAAUCAAUAAAUGUUGACUACUUGCAAUCAAUAAAUGUUUAACAGUUUAAAGUGAAGACAUUCCUGCUAAAGAAAUCAAUAAAAGAAAUCUAUAAAACCUUUUCAGUUUGCAAAAAUGUAAAAAUUCAAGUCUUGACUUGCUAAAACUGAGCUCCAGCUGACAAAUUCAAGAAAUAAAAGGAGGAAAACUUCACGACGACUCGCUGGCUCCUCCCACUGUGUUUUUCUGCCAAUAAAAGAACAAACAAAUCAUUGGUGUAAGUGAACAAAAAAUUCUAACCUUGCAUCAAAGACGAUGGACACUGCAGAGCUUUGCUAAUAUUUUCCCUCCCUCAAAGCCCGAAAACAGGAGUAUCAAACUUGUUUUUCAUUAA